AUGGCAAGUAAACGGUCCCACUCAUACGAAGUCGAUGGCAUCGAUGAUGCCACAGCAGCUCUAGUCCUCCAAUUACAAGCCGAUGAUCUAGAGGAAGUACUCCGACUUGAAAAAGGCAAGUAUGUCGAUGGUCAGCUUCCAGACCACCAGCUAGCUCUGCAGACGUAUCAAGAGGAGUUGAAAGCCAGGUCGGUCGUUCAUACCGACCGAUGUAUGGCGCAAAGCCACACACAAGCGGUCAUGAGCGAUGCUGAAUUAAUAGGCGGAUUGGUCGAGGUGGAAAGGGUCAUAAUCUGUGAUCGAGCUCUGGCGCAGUCUAUUGAAGGGACAGCUGCGACUCUGGCUCCCCCAUAUCUCGCACCGACGGGAGUUGCGCUCAAUGAAGGUGCGCUGGAAAGGUUGGCACAUCUGUACGUGCCCCCCCAGAAAGAUGAAUCCACGUCGUCCAAUAGCUGCGAUGAAGAAGAGGCAGAGUCAUCAGUGGGGGCAGCUUUGAGGCCCCGCAAGAAACAUGCGAUACACCGUGAAUGUAUGGCGUGUGUCUCGGAGAAGCCUAUCUUCGAUAUCUAUCAAGCUCCCUGUGGCCAUUACUACUGCAAAAGUUGCUUGGCAAAACAUUUCGAAGUGUCGACAACUGAUGAAAGUCGUUUUCCUCCGCAUUGUUGCGGUCAGAGAAUACCAAUGGAGACUGCUCGGAUCUAUCUGGACUCAUCGCUUGUUCGAGAAUUUGAAUUGAAAAGCACCGAGUUCAAAACCUCUGGGAGGACGUACUGUUCUGAUCCCACUUGUCAGGCAUUCAUCAGGCCUGCGAGCAUUGUCAGCGAUAAAGCUGAGUGUACCACGUGUGGCACGCAGACUUGUACAAUCUGCAAAUCGCUCUCGCACAAUGGCGAUUGCCCACAAGACACGGCAACUCAACAAGUCCAAGCAUUGGCAGAGCAGCAGGGUUGGCGAAAAUGUUAUAAAAAUGUCAUCUUCGUGAGUGCUGACAAUAUUUCAGCUGCCGGUGUGGCGCGCAAUUUUGGUAUCUAUAAAUCCUACUUCCGUGUCCAAGAUUUGACUGAUGUGGUUUGA